AAGCUGAUAAAAUUGAACCUAACUUUGACUUUGAAUCGUCAAAACAUUCGAAUAAUAUCUAUAUCAGUAAACCUAUUGAUGUACAAGAAAUUAUGAAUGAAAUUCAUGAUGAAUCAUAUA